AUGGUGAUCCUCAUUCUGCUCAUUGCCCUGGUUGGGCUGGGGGGGAACAGCCUCGUCCUGUGGCUCCUGGGCUUCCGAUCCACCUACAUCCUCAACCUGGCCGGAGCUGACGCCCUCUUCCUCUGCUGCUCUUUUCUGAUCUGCAUAAAUCACAUUUUUUGGUAUUUUUAUUCUUCUUUAAUACACAUACUAGAGACCCUUAUCCAAUUUACAUCCUACCUUGUAGGCCUGAGCCUUCUGGCUGCGAUCAGCACCGAGCGCUGUGUAUCUGUGAUCUUACCCAUCUGGUACAGAUGUCACCGCCCUAAGCACAUAUCUGCUGCGCUAUGCGCUGUUCUCUGGGUUCUGACCAGCCUGAUCAGUGUAGUAGUUUACUCGAUUUGUUAUCAUGCGUUUACUCGCCGUUUCUGCGACAAGGUCAUCAUUAUCGAAGCUGUGUGGUUCAUCCUCCUCACCCCAGUGCUGUGCGUGUCCAGCCUGACUCUGCUGCUGAGGGUCCAGUGCAGCUCCCAGCGCCGGCAGCCCCCCCCCCACCUCCUGGUCCUGCUUGCAGUCCUCGUGUUCCUGUUCUUUGGCCUGCCCAAAGGGAUGGACUAUCUCAUAGACCUUGAGGAAAGCUUAGUUUUCAUACCGCGUGGGCUCCAUAUGAUCCUGGCCUGUGUGAACAGCAGCUCGAACCCCUUCAUUUAUUUCUUCCUGGGCAGCCAAAGGCAUAAAAGGAGGGAGCCCCUCAGGGUGGUCCUGCAGAGGGCCCUGGGGGAUGAGGGGGAGGUAGGAGGUGGGAUGAGGGAUGCCCCCCACACCAACAGUCUGGAGACAUCAUUCUGA